CGGCGGCCCAACUACGCGUUCCCAAAAUUGUAAUCUCAGUUUCUUUUGCCCGUAAGGCGAUUGAACUACUUUCCUUCUGGCUCCGGCCUUCACCCACGCGCCACUUGAAGUGUAGUAGUACUCGUGCUGGCCAACUUGAUUCCUCCCCAGGCUCUACUAGUUUCCGGUUGGAGGGUGAUUUUCUUUGUACUGGUUGGCUAAAAGGUUAAAGCGAGCAUUUGCAUUGAAAAAUCCACAUUGUUCCUUAUGGCUUCUGUAAUUCAACAAGUACCUGCAGAUGAUUCGGUUCUGCUCAGGGUCACCCAUUCUAAUAUCAAGAGUUUCUUGGCUGAUAUCCGUUUAUACCGUCAGAUGACGGUAGAAGCUGUGAAAGAAAAGCUCUGGAAAAAGUGUGGCACUUCUGUCACUUCAAUGCGUCUUGAACUUUAUGAUGAUAGCGGUUCUAAAAUUUCAGAAUUAAGCGAUGACAUGAGGCCAUUUGGCUUUUAUUCUCCACAAGAUGGGUAUAGGCUACAUGUUAUUGACAUUGAUCCAUCCUCAAUAUCAGCUGGCGGUUGGAUAGAUGACACCUCUCUUGUGGAGAAAUACACAAUCUCGAAUGAGGCUUAUGAUAAACUUGAUGGUACUUUCAGAAAGUUCAAGGAGCAUUUGCCACAAAAAGAUACUACUACUUCUGAAGCUAAAAUUUGUGACAAUUACAUGGAAGAUCUUUGCGCAUCAAUCAAGAAGGUAGGAGAUAGAUGCUUGGUUGAACCUAGAGAAAGGAGGGGCGUUGUCAAAUUUGUGGGUCAGGUAGAAACGCUUGCUCCUGGCUUUUGGGUUGGAGUGCAAUUCGACGAACCCGUAGGAAAACACGAUGGCAUGGUGAAAGGCAAACGCUACUUCGACUGUCCUCCUCUUCAUGGCUCAAUUGUUCGCCCUGAUAAAGUAAAGGUUGGGGAUUAUCCAGAGCUAGAUCCAUUUGAAGAAGAGGAAAUUUAGUUGUGACCAUUUUGAAUCGUUACAACUCUGUUAUUAGCAUUUUUCAUCUGAGAGAAACAAAUGGAAAUGCAAAAUUACUGGCACUGAAACUAAAUGUAACAUUCUGAAAUACAUGUGAGUGGUUGUAAAGCAAAAAAAAGAACUAACUUAUAAAAUUAUAUUUGGGUGUGUAAUCACUUCGCUAGCCUUUUAUGUCUUUCUUUCUUUCUUUGGAGAGGAAAGAUUGCUGCUCUUUCUCGUUACUUGCGGCUUGCAGUUGCAGAUCAUGCAAUAUUAAUGCAGCGUGAAAUGAAACUAGUUCUAAAAAUGCUAGCUGGUCAGCUGGGUAAUACAUUUGCAGUGGUCAC